AUGAAAUCAUCAGUUGAGUGUGGAAAUGAUGAAUUAUUUUCAAUUUUUCAAUUUUUGGAUCCCCAAAGUAUUUUAAAUUCAUGUGUGAGAGUGAGUCAGAGGUGGAAACAAGUGGCUUGUUGCAAUGCAUUGUGGAAGUAUUUUUGUAAUUCUAUUUUGAUGAAUGAUGUUUUUGAAUGGGAUUUAGAUUUGGAACGGUGCAAUCGGAUGAAGGCUCUUCAUAAUUCCGAUCAUGAUGAAGAAUGGAAUCAUCAUCUUGAUGAAAAGAAUCAAUUAUACAUUAAUUCCGAUCCCAUUGGUAGAAGAAAUGAUGAAUAUUAUUGGUAUAAUGUAUUUCAAGCCUUAUUCAGAAUACCAAUUAUUAAAUCGUUUUCAUUUAUGGACAGGGAAAGACAAAUGCGAUAUGCAUGGGCAGAAUUACUGGAACGUUUUGAUUUCCAUGUCCCUCGAUUAUCUGAGCCAUUCGACCUAGAGUACCCAGAAGUAGAUGAACGAGUAGAUUGUCCAACAGAUAACGAACACAAUCCAAGAAAAUUUCCAUCAAUUUAUGAACAUGGCCAAGAAGAGAGAAUUUUUCAACAUGGUUGGAAAUAUGUUUAUGCAAAAAUUGCAACUCUGUUAGCCAUUUUAAGUAGUGGCUCUCACUGCACACCGAAUCCAUGGAAUGACAAGAUCAUUCUUACUUGUUUUGAAUAUCAGGACCAAAACAGCAAUUGGCAAGUGAAAAAGACAACAUCUAUAUCUGUGGCUGCAUUUUGUGUUGCUCAAAUGUUUCCCAAGUCAGGACCAACGAAAUUAAGAGAGCUUGUUUCUGCUCACAACAAUAACUGUCGAAUGUCAAUUUCUCCAAAUAUUGAAGAUGCCAAUCAUGUCAAGCCAUUUUGUUUUUUCGAAUACAUGGAUAAAUUUUUUGUAAAAGUACCAGCUGAAGAUCAUAACACUGAUGCAAAGGAUAAUGAAAGAAUACCAGCUGAAGACAACAUCACUGAUGAAGAAGACAAUGAAAGAUCAGAAGAUGUGGAAAAUGCUAUUCAUGGUGGUGGUCGAGAGGAUGAUCUUGGAGCAAGACCAAUGUAUCGUUGGUAUGACUAUGUGGACGACAGCUGUGAACGUUUUUUGUGGCUUCCCAUGGUAUUUAACGCUGGAGGUUGUGUGAGGACUUAUAAAUAUGAUGCCCUCUAUUUGGGAGAGCAGAAUUUACUAAGAGUUGAAAAGCACUAUGAGUUGGAUUAUUAG